AUGAGAAGCAUGCUAAAGUUUGCAUUUAGGUUUAUUAAGAAUGAUGGCCAUCGUGUGACUGCUAAGUGCAAAGCAGAAGGUUGCCCUUGGAGUAUUCAUGCAUCAAAGGGGUCAGCCACUCAGCUGAUCAGCAUCAAGACAAUGAAUCCAACACAUACUUGUAGAGGAGCUGCUGUGUCAAGCGGACCUCAAGCAACUGGGAGCUGGGCUUGGCGUGGGAAAGAAAGUGCCCAGGAGCACCUUCAGGGUUCACAUAAGGAUGCAUAUAGUCAGUUACCAUCUUUAUGUGACAGGAUAAUGGAGACCAAUCCUGGCAGUCUUGCUACGUUCACCACUAAGGAAGACUCAAGUUUUCAUCGCCUCUCUAUCUCAUUCCAUGCCACUUUGAGCGGUUUUGUACAAGGUUGCAGGCCUCUCCUUUUCCUUGAUAGCAUACCCUUGAAGUCCAAAUAUCAAGGAACGUUGUUGACAGCAACUGCUGCAGAUGGAGAUGACGAUAGACAGAAUGGGUUGCAGGAGCCGAUCUGUGAAAUUUUCAAGGGUUCGUAUCAUGGUUAUUGUCUGCGCUGCAUAGCUGAGCAACUCGUUAGAGACUUGAAAGGGCAGUGUUCUCAGGAGGUUAAACGAAUUGUGAUUGAAGAUCUUCAUCAUGCAGAUUUUGCACCUAAUCCCGAAGAUUUUAAUGCAAGUGUCGAGAGAAUAAAAAAGAAUUAA